CUGUGGGGGUCCUGACAGACACACAUUUCCAACAUGGCGACUUCUAUCGUUGGACUAUUAAAACCUUGGACACCGAGGGUGUUGACGGUGCGAUGGAGCAGAUACAAUCCGUACUACCUGGAGCCAGAGGUAAAGAAGGAGGCCUACGACAAACCAGAAACAGAACUGAGCACUGAGGAGAAGGCAGAGCGGGCACUCAAGGCAGUCAGACCUAUCAAGGCAGCAACAAACAGUGUCACCAGCUCAGUUUUUGACGACCCGCUCAUCAGUAAAUUUAUCAACAUGAUGAUGAAGCAUGGAAACAAGAUUUUGGCAAGAGAGAUCAUGACAGAGACAUUGGAGCAUAUUAAAAGGAAACAGGUGGAGAAAUACCACAAAGCUCCGGAGGGGAAAAGAGAGGAGAUUGAGUGCAGCCCUUACGCCAUCUUCCAUCAGGCUAUAGAGAACUGUCAGCCAGUUGUAGGUCUUGCUAGCAUCAAGAGAGGUGGAAGGGUGUACCAGGUGCCUGUACCUCUUGAAGACAGCAGGCGUCGCUUCCUUGCAAUGAAAUGGAUGAUCACGGAGUGCAGGGACAACAAACAUCGGCGCACGCACAUGUACGAAAAACUCUCCCAGGAGCUGCUGGCAGCUUCUGCCAAAGAGGGCAGCGUCUUCAGGAAGAAGACUGAGAUGCACAAGAUGGCCGAAGCCAACAGAGCGUACGCCCAUUAUCGCUGGUGGUAGUCAAAGUGUCAAAGACUGGACAUUGAAGGGCGUCACAUGCUUUUGUAAAUAAUAAACACCGCAAACAAAAUGCUCUAAUGUGACAGUGAACUAUCAAGAGGUGAGAGGCAUCACGCCUCUAAUUAGGGACUGUGUGCAAAAGUCAUGCUAACAUCUAGAAAACGUUUUAAGGGAACUAUUUGUUGGAAUAAAUCAUAUGAAAACAAACUAUUCCUGCAUAUAGGAACGGCUCUGUUGUAGCUGCCUCAUGUAACAACUGCUGAAAAAACAGACACGACAGAAAUUCAAACCUUUAAUAAAAUAUCUCUCAAAACUUCUAUUCCUUUAACUAUUGGUCACACAUCAGAAAUAAAGCAAGCAUCAAACCAGCUUGAAUCUGAUGUUUAGCAAACAACCUUGAAAUGUUCAUAAAAGGAAUGCUUUCAACAUAUAAAACUUUUAUAAAUAAAUUUAAGAAAAACUCAGUGGAUGAACCUCAGGAACUGAACUCGUGAUCUAUUGCACAUCGACAUCAUCUCCACUCAACUAUGGGAUUUGCGUCCAUCAAAAAAAAAAAAAAAAGUUGCUGGUGAACUCCCGUUGUCCUGGCGAGUGUCCUAGUCUGCGAUUUCGCUGUAGUAGUACCUGUGCGCCGUGCCGCUGAGCACCCAGCCUCCCGCCCUGAACUCCAGGAUCUCCAGCAGCAGCAGGCGGGCCAUAGAGGUCAGCCCCUCCUGAAGCAGGAAGCCAUCCCGCAGCAGGUAGAAGAGCUCAUCCAUGCGCUGGCUGUUGGCCUUUUCUAGCUGCUCCCCGAUGCGGUGUAGCUGCAGCACCAGACAAUCCACCUGUGGCAGAAAGGAGAAGGUAUCAUACUAACUAACCGCUGUACAUCUUUCAUUCUUGGUCACCACUUAUACCGUUCAGGGUCACCUGCGAUUUGGAGCCUAGCCCACUCGACUUUGGGUUAAGGCAGGGUUCACUCUGGGCCGUAUUCAAAUUCAAAAUUCAAUUUCAAAUUCAAGUAAAUAAUGUACACUAGUAUUAUUGGGAAGAAAAUUGUAUAUUUUUGAGAAAAAAGUUUAAAAGUCUUACUGCCAAGAAAACAAAAAUUAUAUUUGAGGUGAAAAAAUUGUAUAUUUUUGGAAGGAAAAACACUUAUAAAGAAAAAGCUGUAUAUGAGGAAACGAUCCAGAUUGUUGUUAGAGGAAAAAGUCAUUUUAAGAAUUUAUAUGCUACAACCCUGAAUAUUUUGGAGGAAAAAAAACAUGGGGAAUUUUAUUUUAUUCUUAUUUUUUAGAAAAAAAAAAAAAAAUUCAAUGUUUCAGAGACCGCCACUCAAAGUGGCAAUUACAAAUUGCAUAGGCAGUGCAAAAAUGCCUGCAUAGAUUUAAAAGUUUAAUAAUGUAAAAAGGUUUGAUGAAUACUAUUUCUAUUACCGUAAUUUCUGGUGUAUACGCAGCUACUUUUUUCUUAAACUUUGAACCUUGCGCCUUAUACAGCGGUGUAUCUUAGCUAUGGUUAAGUUCUAAUCUCGUGACAUUCCUUUACUUAAAAACUACUACUAAUUCUGUGCCGCUUGCGAGUCAGUGAGGAAACGGUAGCUCUUUCUUUGGCAGGAUCCAAUCACGAGCUAUCAGUGAACUCAGAGCUUGUCAACCCAUUGGCAACAGCAGGAGGUCAUUACUCAAUAUAACAGUCUGACUCAGGGUGUCAUCUUACAAAGAACGCUAAACUCAUCACACAGCUUAACACUAAAAAGAUACAGAGUAAAAGUACCGAGUUUAAAAUGGAAAAAAUACAACAACAUUUUCCCAUAAUGCACUGCGCCCAAGCAAAACAUUCACUGGUGCCUGCAGGGGCGCUGCAUUGAUGUCAGCCCCCCCUCCUCUGGUGUACAGGGCCAGCAUUGCGGCGCCAGCCAUCCAUUUUCUAUGCCGCUUGUCCUCCAAUGAAAUGCUUUGCUCAGACGAUAUGCAUCAUGGGAAAAAUGUUCAAAUAUUUUUUUUUCAUUUUAAACUCAUAUUGGUACUUGUAUAUUUCCCAGCUAUCUUUUUAGUGUUAAGUUGCUGUGUGAUGAGUUUAGUGUUCUUUGUAAGAUGACACUGAAUCAGACUGUUACAUUGAGUAAUGACCUCCUGCAAUUUCCAAUGGGUUGACAAACUUGUUGAAGGUUUUUUCACAGCUCAUGAUUGGCUCCUGCCAAAUAAAGAGCCGCCUGGUCCUCACCGACUCGUGUGUGCCACAAUUUCCCAUUUUAUGACGUGGAUAUGUGCGGCUUAGACUCUGGUGCAGCUUAUGUAUGUACAAAUCAGGGUUUUCCUCUAAAUUUAGUGAGUGCGGCUUAUACACAGGAAUUUACGGUACUUCUUAUGAGGGAAACCAGUUGGAAAUUUGAACAAAUCAAAGGUUGACCAGCUUCCAGUCUCAGUCUGGUUCCACUUUUCACGUGACUUUAUCAUAAUUAACAAGAACCUAACCAGCAAGUCCGGAAAAGUGCUUAAAAAUAUAAAGUACAGUCAUCUUUACCUCCUCUUCAUUCAUGAGAGCAUCAGGUUGCGCCAGCCUCAUCAGACAGUCAUAGACAGGAUGGACCAGCGCCACCAUGGGCAUGUUGUUGACCUGAGCAUCAGGAUAUAAGAGGAACAACUUCACUUGUGAGGUCCUUGAAAGUUUGAUUUUGGUUCCUUUCAAUGGAAAUACAAAACGAUCCUGUACAAAAGUGUCUUGCUUUGUGGUACAAUGCCAAACAUUCCUUACUUUGAGGUAGUCAUAGAUGUUACAGAUGAAGGUCACAUAGCAGACCCACUCCUGCAAGGACCGAGUUCUGGUCCCCUCACGCUCCUUGAACUCCUGCUGGAGGCGGUUGAGCAGGCUCCUCCGGAACACGUUACCAUUGUUUUGCUUGGCCUCCGCCUGCCACCAGAGUCAGGUCAGUACGGACAAACAACUAAUCACUAUAAAAAAAUAACUUCAAGUCAAGUAAUUCUGUAAUAUUUAUUUAUUUUAUAAUUGAUAUUGUUUUAUUAAAAUACACACAGUAAUAUAUGACUUUAUUUCAAAAGAAUACAUGUGUAUGUACGUUAGACAAUACUUAGAAGUGCUAUUAUUUGUGGGAAAACUACAAAAAAUAUACAUAUAUAAAAGACUACGAUAAAAAUACAUUUGUACCAAUAGAGACACAAA